GCAGCAGCAUGGCGGCGGGGCCGGACGCGCUGAGCCUGUUCACGGCCAUCGGCCUGAGCGAGCCCAAGGCUCGCGAGACCCUGAAGAACGAGGCGCUGAGCGCGCUGCUCCGGGAAGCGGUGACCCAGGCACAAGGAAUCCUGGGCCCAACUGUUGACAAGGCGACUGGUACCCUCUUGUACAAUGUGGCUUCCCGGCUUAAGGACCAAAAGCGUCUUCGUUUCCUUGUGGGCUGCAUCACCAGCAAGAAGAUCGUCACAGACUUGCAGCUCAGUGCUGCCCUGGAGUACGUGCGGAGCCACCCGCUGGACCCCAUUGACACGGCAGACUUUGAGCAUGAGUGUGGCGUGGGGGUGGUCGUGACCCCAGAGCAGAUAGAGGAGGCCGUGGAGGCGGCCAUUAACAAGCACCGAGCCGAGCUGCUAUCGGAGCGGUACCGCUUUAACAUGGGGUUGCUGAUGGGCGAGGCGCGCGGCAGGCUGAGGUGGGCAGAUGGCAAGAGCAUUAAGAACGAAGUGGAUCUGCAGGUGCUGCACUUGCUGGGCCCAAAGACAGAAACUGACCUGGAAAAGAAAGCAAAGGCUGGGAAGGCCAAGCCGGCCGAGGCGGAGAAGCAGCAGAAGGCAGCGGAGGAGAACGGUGAAGUGACCCUGGAGACAAAGUCGCUGAUGGAGCAGCUGAGGGGAGAAGCCCUCAAAUUCCACAAGCCAGGUGAGAACUACAAGACAGAAGGCUACGUGAUCACGCCCCACACCAUGGCCCUGAUGAAGCAGCACCUGGAGAUCACCGGCGGGCAGGUGCGGACGCGGUUCCCUCCGGAGCCCAACGGGAUCCUGCACAUCGGCCACGCUAAAGCCAUCAACUUCAACUUCGGCUAUGCCAAGUGUGGUGGGCGUGGGGGCUGGCGCUCCUCCUACUUCUGGCUGUGCAACGCGCUGGGCGUGUACUGCCCCGUGCAGUGGGAGUACGGGCGCCUGAACCUGCUCUACACCGUGGUCUCCAAGAGGAAGAUCAUCCGGCUGGUGGAGGCGGGCGCCGUCAGGGACUGGGACGACCCACGGCUCUUCACGCUGACGGCCCUGCGCCGCCGAGGUUUCCCCCCCGAGGCCAUCAACAACUUCUGUGCGCGGGUGGGGGUGACGGUGGCGCAGACGACGAUGGAGCCCCACCUGCUGGAGGCGUGCGUGCGGGAGGUGCUGAACGAGCGUGCCCCCCGCGCCAUGGCUGUGCUGGAGCCCCUUCGAGUCACCAUCACCAACUUCCCCACCCAGAAGGCCCUGGAAGUUCUUGUGCCCAACUUCCCAGCCGACGAGACCAAGGGCUUCCACAAAGUCCCCUUCCAGGCCAUCAUCUACAUCGAGCAGAGCGACUUCAGGGAGGUGAUGGACAAAGGCUACAAGCGUCUGGCACCCGGCCAGCCAGUGGGGCUGAGACACGCCGGCUACGUCAUUGCUGUCCAGAACGUCGUCAAGGACGCCGGCGGGCAGGUGAUGGAGCUGGAGGUGACCUGCACCAAGUCGGACGCUGCGGAGAAGCCCAAAGCCUUCAUCCACUGGGUGUCGGAGCCGCUGGUGUGUGAAGUGCGGCUCUACGAACGGCUGUUCUUGCACAAAAACCCCGAGGACCCUGCAGAGGUGCCAGCUGGAUUCCUGAGUGACCUCAACCCUGACUCGCUGCGCGUGAUCGACGGCGCCCUGGCUGACAGAUCCGUCUGCUCCGCCAAGCCCUUGGACAAGUUCCAGUUUGAGCGGCUGGGCUACUUCUCGGUGGAUCCCGACAGCACGGAGGGGAAGAUGGUGUUUAACCGGACGGUGACGCUGAAGGAGGACCCCGGCAAGGUGUGAAGGAGCCGCUGCUGCCGCCUUGAUGGCUCUGGCUGUGCCCAGACCCGUUCUGGGAGCGCCUGGUCCCUCUGGGCACAGGGAGAGUGCGACCCAUGAACAAAGGGCCCGGCCCACGCACGAGGGCCACAGCUGCCUUAAGCAAACCCCGCGGGGCUGGCGCAUCUCGCCGCAAUAAACGAGCAC